ACGAUCGAAGCGUGAGGACAUCGCCUGUAUAGUUGUGACCGAGGGAAUUCCGUUCUUCGAUAACUAUCGAACGUGGUCGGACUCUUUGCAUAACACAACCUCAGUUCGACGUUGGGCCCGACACGAUCGCGGAUUAAAUCGAUUUGCGUUCCACGAUGUUCGCCACCUUGAUACUGUUAUGCGUGAUCGUGAUAUUGCUACUGACGUCCGUGCUAAUCGGACCUAAAACGGGAAAGCAUCCGCCAGGGCCAUUCUCGUGGCCGUUUAUCGGCAACCAGAGUCUAUUGAAGCGUAUGUCUGACAAACUUGGGGCGCAGCAUUUGGCGCUGAAUGAACUCUCCAGACGAUACGGCAGUAACUUGAUAACCUUACAUCUCGGUAUCAACAAGGUGGUGGUCGUUUCCGGAAACAAGCCCGUGAUGACGGUCCUGAUGAGCGAGGAAUAUGACGGACGGCCUUGGAACGAGUUCAUCAAAAUGAGGAAUCUGGGACAAAAGAACGGUAUCACGAUGAACGAGGGAUCCGAGUGGAAGGAAGUGAGGAACUGGACCAUGCAGGCGCUGAAGUCGUUCGGUUUCGGGAAAGUCGGGAUGCUGGACAUGAUCAAGGACGAGUUGAACAAGGUGUUGGACACCUUGAAGGACGGGGGCGUGAAGAUGUUGAAACCGAUAAUCACGCCAGCCGUGAUAAACGUGCUGUGGACGAUAGCAGCGGGGAAACGAUUCGACGAGACCGCCAAGUUGGAGUAUUUCGUCGACUUGUUGGAUCGUCGUGCGCGCGUGUUCGACAUGUUCGGCGGGAUUCUCUCCACUUUCCCUUGGAUUCGUUACAUUGCACCCGAGGCCUCGGGUUACAACCUUCUUCAGACGCUCAACGUCGAGCUCAGGGACUUCUUAAUGAAAACCAUCGACGAACACAAACGGAAGUACGUCGUAGGGAGCGAGGCGGACUUAAUAGACAUGUUCAUCACCGAGAUGAACAAAGACAAACACAGCACUAUUUACAAUGACGACCAAUUGGUGAUGAUACUGAUCGAUCUCUUCAUCGCCGGUGUUACCACCACAGCGACGACUUUGGACUUCCUUUUCAUGAACAUGGUGGUGCACCAGGACGUGCAACAGAAGCUUCAGAAAGAGAUCGACUCCGUGGUCCCGUCCAGCAGGCUUCCCGACUUGGGCGACAAAAUGAAACUCCCCUACGCAGAGGCUGUGAUUACCGAGUCCCAACGUCUCUGGCCAGUGCUUCCAGUGAUUGGACCGCGUCGAGUCCUUCGCGACACGUACCUCGAUGAUUACUCGCUACCAAAGGACUCCACCAUUCUGUUGAAUUUGUAUUCCAUCCACACGGACCCGGACAUCUUCCCCGAUCCGCUGAAAUUUCAGCCUGAGAGGUUCAUAAACAACGGGGUGUUCUUCGGCCACAACGCCGAGGUUCUGACUUUUGGAAAAGGGAGAAGACGAUGUCCUGGCAACAUACUGGCAAAGUCCGCGUUGUUUCUUUUGUUCGUGGGCGUGAUGAAAAAGUAUUCCCUACUUCCGGUCCCGAGCAAGGGACCCUGGACCGUGGAGACUAUUCCUGGCUUGAUAAUGUCGCCGAAGCCUUACGACGUGUUAAUCGUGCCGCGAUAAUAUUAUCUUAUUCCGUCGGGAAUCCCUAAACAAACGUAGAAAACUAUCUACGAUCGAGGUAAAUUGUAAGUUCAAAUCGAGACAAGAAAACCGUACUGGAUCAACGCAAUUAAUAGAAACGUUUAAAUUA